CCGCCCUUAAAGAAAAGAAGAAGUGAUACUACUGAAGUUUACUUGUUGAAUGACAGAAGAGUAAACAUUUCGGGAAUUUCAUUAUCAGGAACAGCUUUUGUUUCUCUUCAGCGCCUGGCUGCAGUGGAGUUUAACAUCUGAUUGCGAACUUUUUUCGGAAAAAUGCGGGACCGAACAAAAGAAUUAGGAAACAAGGCCGAGACUUCAGACGAUGACGAAGAAGCAAAAGCUCUGAUGCCCAAAUCUGGAAUAUCUUCAGUCAAAGAUGACAAGGAGAAUGACGCUUACUUAAAAAAGGUGCAAGAAAUUCACGAGGGGCUGCGCACACUUAAAAAGAUGGUCGCCGACCUGGAGAACAAGCAGAAAACCGUGCUGGGCGUGGCGCUCCCAGAAGAAAGUAUGAAGAAAGAGCUCCAAACUCUUCGAGACGAGAUCAAAACGUUGGCGGGCCAGAUCCACAAGAAGCUGAAGAAUAUCGAGCCUAAAAAGGGAGUUGAUGAUGGGAAAUAUAUUUCAAUCAAUGUUCGGAUGCAGCGCACUCAGCACGGUGUCCUGUCCAAGGAGUUCGUGGAGUUGAUGGGUCACUGUAACACCAUCCAGGCCCAGUACAGAGACCGCAAUGUGGAGCGAAUACAGCGGCAACUCAAGAUUACUGGCACCAACGUGACGGAUGAGGAGCUGGACACGAUGCUGGAAAGCGGCCAGACGGAUGUUUUCACUCAGAAUAUCCUGAUCGAUGCUAAAGCCACAAAGCAGGCUCUGAAUGAGAUUGAGUCCAGACACGAUGAGAUCCUGAAGCUGGAGAAGAGCAUCAGAGAUCUGCAUGACAUGUUCCAGUACCUCGCCAUGGAAGUGGAAGCCCAGGGGGAGAUGGUCGACAGGAUUGAAAACAACAUCAAGCAGUCUUCUAACUAUGUGGAGAAAGCAAAAGAUAACAUAGAGCAAGCAGUCACAUAUCAGAAAAAAGCCCGCAAGAAGAAGAUCUGGAUUUUCGUCUGUUUAGCCAUCCUCAUCCUCAUCCUAGCUAUCGCAAUUGGCACCGCUUUCUCGUAGUGACACCAGGCACAAGCAUAUUGUGCAAAUACAUAAAUACAUCAAGCCCACAGGAAUCACGGGUGAAUAUAGUCUGCGUAUAUACAGUUUCCUCCUUUAUCCUGUUCACAUCCUAGUCUUCCUCUUAACACGUGUGUCCAUCCUUUUUAUGUUCAAGAAGAGAUGUGCUCUCACAAUAAUCUCGCCAGGAUUUUAUUUCCCUUUUUAGUGCUGCAGGUUUUGGUCAGUUUCUGUUCCCCACACCAGAGGCUGCCUUCACUGUUACUUCAGCUGCACCUCCUUCAUGCAGAUGGAAAACAAAAAGAGGAACUAUAAGUGACCUUGAGCAAGGAACAUUGCAGCAUUUAAACACUGAUUAUGCUGUUCUCAGGAAAAACUGUUCAUUCUUGUUAUGCCUCUGCAUGAAAUUAGAGACUUUAAAAACAAAUUUAUAGCCUGACCGAAGUGACUAAUAUAAUUGUACAUAAUGUAAUGUUGCUGAUCUCGCGGAUGUUUUUGUCUUUUUGUUUUUAACUUGAUCAGUUGUUUCAAAGUGCCUCCGUGUAACAAAUGUAAAUAGGUCUCUGAUCUUUGAUACAAAGGUGCAUUAAAGAGUCAUAACACCUUCGUCCAUAAGGCUUGUAUUGUUUGAGCCGUCAAGCAAACUGCUACAAAAAUCAAACAAAAGCCUGUAAAACGGUGCCUUGUCCUUUAUUUCUAGCUAGGAACAUUACUUUCUACACUAACACUGUUAAGGGAUGGAUUCCAGUUUUUGUGUUAUUCAGUCAUUGCCUCACACCUGUGCUCCUGCUUAAAUUAUUGAUAGCAUUUUCCCCCCUUCCAGUUUGUCAAAUUGUGGCAAACCUGUCCUUGGCAUGAGCUGGUAUGAUAACCCAAUGUAUUUAUUAAUGAAAAUCUAUCAUAAUUAAUUGCUCAUAAAACAGAAAAGCAUUUAUCCAUGUUGCACCUGUUAUGUUUCCAAAAAUACUUGGAAAAACCCCAAAUUUGUCCUUGGAAGUUGAGGAAUAGUGAAGUUACUUUCUUUCAUCCAGCAGCAAGUGGGGGAGGGGGCAGCACUUUGGUACUCCAUACAGCCAGAAAAAUUCAGAUAUUUUUUUUUUUUUGGAGUAAAUUUUAAAAUUUGACCUGGAUAAACGGCCAUGCUUAAUCUGUUGGGAAAGAUUGUUACAGAACAUCCACAGGAAAGAGGUGUCCACUGUAUAAAACUACAUCCAAUAAAAUGUUGCAUGAAUGUUUUUAAAUAAAGUUAUUCUAUUGUU